AUGUCUACCGAUGCGAAGCCCCUCCGCAUUGUCAUGGCCUGUGAUGAGGCCGGCCAGCCCUACAAGGAGAUCAUCAAGGCCGUCCUGGAGAAGAACCCUCUGGUCGAGUCCGUCACUGACGUCGGCGUCAACUCCACCUCCGACAAGACCGCCUAUCCUCACCCUGCCGUCGCCGGCGCCAAACUCAUCAAGGAGGGCAAGGCAGAUCGCGGUCUCUUCAUCUGCGGCACCGGUCUCGGUGUCGCCAUCGCCGCCAAUAAGGUCCCCGGCAUCCGCGCCGUGACCGCUCACGACUCCUUCUCUGUGGAGCGCUCCAUCCUCAGCAACGACGCGCAGGUCCUCUGCUUUGGCCAGCGCGUCAUCGGCAUCGAGCUGGCCAAGAAGCUCGCCAACGAAUGGCUCACCUACCGCUUCGACCCCAAGAGCGCCUCUGCCGCCAAGGUCCAGGCCAUCACCGACUAUGAGCGGGAAUUUGCUGCUGCUCAGUAG